UGAUCCCAAGCUCUGUUUUAGACAUGAAGACAGGCAGUGAAACAAAGCUGCUGUCAUUGCGGACCAGCGAAGGAGGCAUAUGAUAGACAAAACUAUUGUCUGAAUAAACGAAGCAAUGAAUAAUGCAGUGUAGGAACUCCGUCGAUGUCGUCAAUAUCGAGUGAAAAGCUUAUCUACAGACUAUCACACCAGGGACUGGUACUCACGCAAACGGUGCUAGCAAGUGUCACCUCCUGUUCCAGCAGCCCUUGGCUUCUAACAAGAAGGUUUUCCCGGGAGAGACCGCUCCGGACGACACCGGCAUGAGAACAGGCAGGCUGGGCAGUGCAACGAGCUAUGGAGAGGGCGUCCUGACCCGGUCAGUGUGACCUUGCGCAAGUCACGGUUGCCCUCCGCCCGCCAGGCCCCGGCCGGCGAAUGUAGGGUCCGACUCCUCGGGAUUUCCUGACGCCUCUUUCUCCCGGGCUCAGAGGCUGCCCGGGAUGUCGGGGAGGGGGUCGAGGGAUGGGGGACCUGGGGCUAGAAGGGUGACACUGAGACCCGUAGGGAGGAGACCAGUGAAGUGAGUAAAGGCAGGUGGACGGAGAUGGAAAUUCUUGGGGUAAGAACCACAGAGGCGCGCUUCCUCCCCUCCCAGUCCCCACUGCCGCCGCCGCUGCGCCGCCCCUCUCCCGCGCUCCGGAAGGCCCGCGUCCCCGCUCCCCGCCCCCCCGCCAGGCGCCGCCACCCGCCGCCCAGACAGCCAGGCGACUCUUCCUCCGCGGGUCGCGCGGGCUGAGUCAGUCCCCUGCUCCGGUGGCCCCGAGCCUGGCCCUUCGCCAGACCUUGCAUGGCAGUCGGCGUCUAGUUCCCCCUCGGCUCGCGGCCACUUGGUCCGCGCCGCUGGCGUCCUGUGUGCCGGACCCGCCCCACUGCGGGGACAGGCCGGGCGCCGCCCACGCCGCGCUCCGCCGGGCGCGCAGUCUCUCUGGGAAGCGGGCGGGCGUGCGGACCGGCGGCCAUGGCGCGGCGCGCGGGGAGGUAGCAGGGCGGCCGCGGGAGCGCACUGUCGGCCAUGGCCCGGCGGCGGCGCCGCGCCUGCAUCGCGUUGUUCCUGGUGCUGCUCUUCGCCUUCGGCACCCUCAUGGGCCUGCGCACGCUCAAGGCUCCGGACGGACUCCCGGCGCUGGGCCCAGGCCUGGAGCUGGCGCCCUUUGAACGACGCCCGGAGGGGGCCCCCGCACCCGCCGCCAGGGCCCCGGCGGCCCCUGCCGCUCCGCCCCCGCCGCCGCCGCCGCCCCGCACCGCGGACCCUGGCGGUUCCCCUGGGCCGGCCCCCGUGGAGGCCGAGCCCGCCCCCGGGCAGAGCCUGAGAGUCUACUCGGACCUGCACGCCUUCUACUACUCGUGGUACGGGAGCCCGCGGCGCGAGGGCCACUACAUUCACUGGGACCACGUCAUGGUGCCGCACUGGGACCCCAAGAUCUCGGCCAGUUACCCCCGCGGCCGCCACAGCCCCCCAGACGACUUGGGCUCCAGCUUCUACCCGGAGCUGGGACCCUACAGCUCCCGGGACCCCGAAGUGCUGCGGGAGCACAUGACCCAGCUCAAGGAAGCCGCCAUCGGCCCCUUCCAUAGGGCGGAACUGCUGGGAGUUUGCGCCAGAAGAGGCAGAGUCUUCAAAUUUGUUGGGCGAUGGGAAGUGAGGCCUGGAGCCCUGGCCCUCAGGAUCUGGGAUUCGGAAGAGUGGAACCUAGGGCGGCCUCUGCUUUCACAGCAGGCGUUCUGGUUCUGUCCUGGUACCCACCUGGCAUGGCUGAUGAUAAUGGGGAACCCUCAGAUGACCUGGUACCCGCCAUUCUGGACACUGCCCAUCAGUACAGCAUCCAGGUAUGGCUCCCAUGGUGCAUUUUACCGCUAUAAGAACAGCAUGGGCAAGAGCCUCCCACUCUUUUAUAUCUACGACUCAUACCUGACGUCCCCUGAGGCCUGGGCCCACCUCCUGACACCAAAUGGGCCCCACUCGAUCCGCAACACACCCUAUGAUGGGGUCUUCAUAGCACUGCUGGUGGAGGAGGGCCACACCCACGACAUCCUGGCUGCCGGAUUUGACGGCAUGUACACCUACUUUGCCUCCAACGGUUUCUCCUUUGGUUCUUCCCAUCAGAACUGGAAAGCUGUGAAGAACUUUUGUGAUGCCAACAACCUCAUGUUCAUCCCCAGUGUGGGGCCUGGCUAUAUAGACACCAGCAUCCGGCCCUGGAACAACCACAAUACACGCAACAGGGUCAACGGCAAGUACUAUGAGACCGCCCUGCAGGCGGCCCUGACAGUGAGGCCCGAGAUCGUCUCCAUCACCUCCUUCAAUGAGUGGCACGAGGGCACCCAGAUUGAGAAGGCCAUUCCCAAGAAGACACCCACCCGCCUGUAUUUGGACUACCUGCCUCACCAGCCCAGCCUGUACCUGGAGCUGACCCGCCGCUGGGCGGAGCACUUCAUCAAAGAGAAAGAGCAGUGGCUCAUGUGAGGGGCCUGUUAACAGCGGCGUGAGGUGCUGAUGUCCUUGCUUUGCUGGAAGAUGUCACCACGUGGGGUUCAGCUGAGGUUGUAAGCACUCGCUCGUUCCCAGGUCAGAGGUCAGCAGCUGGGUGCCUCUGGUUGGGCUGUCAGGCCUGGGCCUGGGCAGCACAGAGCCGGUUCCUCAGGCAUGUGGUGCUGGAGUGCUCUGCGGUGACGAACAGCAGAGGCUGGCAGGUGACUGGACUCAGGCCAGGGCAGCUCUGCAUCCUGGGAACACUUUCAUGUAACCCCUUCUAGUUUGGAGCUCUGCAGUGGGUUGGUAUCCUGUAGUAGCCACCCAGUCACCGCCCUUGGAAGGGUGUCAGGGUCUGGGCUCGCAUGCACCCUGUUCCCUUCUGCCAGCCUGCGUCCUCUCCUCAGGACUCCUUCCCAGAUCAUGUCUUCUCUAAGCUAGGGAACCAUAUUUGAGACUUUCAAAAAAGGAACUUCUAGGUUCAAGCUCCUCCCAGUAGAUUCCUGGACCCAAUUAUCAGGAAAUCAUCCUGAACACUCACAGGUUCAUUUAACACUCACUCAUCAAGCACCUUCCUAUGUGCUAGGUGCUGGGGAAAACUUGACCAAGGAACAGUUCCUGUCCUCAAGCUUACAGGACCCAGCUGUCCUGAUCUGGUGUGGCCUUGUAGCUAGUGCCUGGGCACGGUUGUUUUUCUUUUUGUAGUUUUAUCUAAUGCUGGGAGUUCAGUUCUUUCUCCUCUAAAAAAAAUACCUCUGUGCUCCAGAGCCUACUUUUUCCCAGAUGCAUAUUUAGCUCCAGGGAGAGGACUAAGGAACCCCCCUCCCUUUAGCUGCCUGAACUGACUGAGGCCCACUCACUAGAGCCAUGUUCAGUGCUACUGUGAUUUGCAGUAAUUAAAUAUGAACUGGUAUUCUCAA